UCCAGGCCUGGGCUAGGAGCCAGGUGAGCGUGGCCCUGCGCUAAAAACUAGUCAUCGGGCUGCCCUGAGUCCACCAGGCUCACCACAAGCCAUGGACUCUCGCGCUGGGAACACCGCAGAUCCUAGAGGGAGCAGAAGAGGAGCUGGCUUACAGGGGUCCGGGAGCCCCCGAGCUCGGCAGCUCCUGGAGCGGCUGGAUGCGCGCCCCCUGGCGGCACGAGCCGCCGCAGACUUGUCAGCGCUAGUACGAAAGGCGGGCGCUACAUUGCGCCUGCGCCACAAGGAGGCUGUUAGUGGUCUGGACUCUGCAGAUAUAGAAGUCACAGACAGUCGCUUGCCUCAUGCCACUCUCGUGGAACAUCGACCCCAGCACCAAAGGUAUGAGACUUUGGGUACAUGUGUGGAGCCACUUCCAGUCACCCAGAAUAAGGCAAGCUAUGCUUUGAAACUACCCCAAGCCACUGGCCGAUUUUCUGUGGAUCUGGUCCGAGGUCCUGCAGGCUUUGGUCUCACUUUAAGUGGAGGCCGAAACCUAUCUGGGGAUGCUCCAUUGGCCGUGAGUGGACUGUUGAAGGAUGGGCCAGCACAGCGGUGUGGACGUUUGCAGGCUGGUGACCUCGUGCUCUAUAUCAAUGGACAGUCGACACAGGCGCUCACUCAUGCCCAGGUGGUGGAGCGGAUUCGAACUGGAGGCCCCCGCCUUUGCCUGGUACUCCAACGGCCUCAACAGAUGGACGGCAGUAGGAGUGAGGAGGCUGGAGGGCAUCAGAAGACAGAUCGCAGCCCAGAUCCUAGGGGAAGCAGGAUGAUGGAGUCUCGCAGCACCAUUUCCCCAGUUCACCACCGGCCCAAGACACGGACCAGUCCUGGACCUAGUCCAGAGGCAGUGGCUAUUGACCACGUGGUUCGCGCAGCAGAGCACCCCACAGAAGACCUGGAAGACCGUAUCCCUGGUACCCCUGGGCCCUGGCUGGUGCCGAGUGAGGAUCGGCUCUCACGGGCUCUAGGGGUUCGGGGUGGUGGCGUGCAGCUCGCUCAGGAGGUGGCAGCCGGAAGGCGGAGGCAUUGAGCACCAACAGACAGCUUUGUGCUCACUAAAUGAGGUCCCACAAGAUUCCAGCAUGCCGGACCGCCAGGCUCUAAGUUUUUCCCUUAGAGCUUUAACCUGAUCUUCCCACUGCACACUGCACAGUGGACUGGUCCCCACCCCUUCAAGACGCCAGUGGUAUGGCCUUUCCAGAGCCCAGAGCGCUCGCACCCUACCACCCCCACAUCCGCGUGCGCGCAGCUUCUCCAAGUUCCUUCCCGGUCGGGAGGUAAUAAAAUAGCUGGAUCCA